ACUGAGUGGUCCAGCCGCGCCCCUUGCUCCUCACGCCCAGCCCCGCGGGCGUCCGGCGGGCUAGCCGCGCCUCGGCCCUUCCCGGGCGGCGACGCAGCCAUAGCCCGCGCCCAGAGACAGAUGUGGGAAGAUAAAUGAAGGGGUCUAGAAAUAGAGUACAUGUCAGUGGAAAAAAGAGUUACCAUCACUAAGGAUUGAAAACAGAGUGAAAUAACUUUCAGGUCUAAAAGAUUAUUAAGAACACAAGAUGGGGACUCCUGGUUCUGGAAGGAAAAGAACACCUUUGAAAGAUCGAUUUUCUGCAGAAGAUGAAGCUUUGAGUAGCAUUGCCAGAGAGGCAGAGGCAAGGCUGGCAGCAAAACGAGCUGCCCGGGCAGAAGCAAGAGAUAUACGUAUGAGAGAGCUGGAACGACAACAAAGAGAGCAUUCUCAUCAUUCCUUUGAUCGGAAAUGGGGACAGAUUCAGAAGUGGCUGGAAGAUUCAGAAAGGGCCAGGUAUUCCCACCGGUCCAGACACCAUCGUCCUUAUCUGGGAGUUGAGGAUGCAUUGUCCAUUCGAAGUCUUGGCAGUCACAGGUAUGAUACGCUCAAGGAUAGAUCGUCAAGACUCUCAUUAAACCAUUCUUACAGUCACUCUUAUGGAAUGAAGAAGAGAUCUUCUGGUCCUCAUAAAGACCCACUGAGUGGCCUCUACUUUGACCAGAGAAACUAUAGCAGUCUUAAACAUAGCAAACCUACCUCUGCCUACUACACUCGGCAGUCUUCUUCCCUGUACAGUGACCCUCUGGCGACAACUAAGAGUUACAGGGCCUCUCCUCCUGCAAAUUCUGGUCUGCUGAGAAGUGCCAGUCUGGCAUCAUUGUACAGUGGUGGAUUAUAUAACACUUAUGGUUCUCAAACUCCAUCUGAAUGCAGUUAUUACUCAUCAAGAACAAGUUCAGCCCAAAGCAGUCCUGUGUUUACCAACGAUGACACCGUGAGCAUUGUGUCUUCUGAUCGUGCCAGUCGUGGGCGAAGGGAGAGUGUGGUUUCUGCUGCUGAUUAUUUUAGUCGCUCCAAUCAUAGGGGAAGUGUUGUCUCUGAGGUGGAUGACAUCAGUAUCCCAGAUUUGACCAGCUUGGAUGAAAAAUCUGACAAACAGUAUGCUGAAAAUUACACAAGGCCUUCAUCUCGAAAUUCUGCCUCUGCAACUACCCCUCUUAGUGGAAACUCAUCCAGACGAGGAAGUGGGGACACCAGCAGCUUAAUAGAUCCAGACACUUCCUUAAGUGAAUUGCGGGAUAUCUAUGACCUUAAGGACCAGAUACAGGAUGUAGAAGGGAGAUACAUGCAGGGGCUUAAAGAACUAAAGGAAUCUUUGUCUGAAGUGGAAGAAAAAUAUAAGAAAGCCAUGGUUUCCAAUGCCCAGUUAGACAACGAGAAGAACAAUUUGAUCUAUCAGGUAGACACACUCAAGGAUGUUAUUGAAGAACAGGAGGAACAGAUGGCAGAAUUUUAUAGAGAAAAUGAAGAAAAAUCAAAGGAGUUAGAAAGGCAGAAACACAUGUGUAGUGUGCUGCAGCAUAAGAUGGACGAACUCAAAGAAAGCCUUCGGCAAAGAGAUGAGCUUAUUGAGGAGAAUCAGCGCAUGCAGCAGAAAAUAGACACCAUGACAAAAGAGGUGUUUGACCUCCAAGAGACACUUCUUUGGAAAGAUAAAAAAAUUGGGGCCCUAGAGAAACAGAAAGAGUACAUUGCCUGCCUUAGGAGUGAGCGAGAUACACUCAGGGAGGAGCUGGCUGACCUGCAGGAGACAGUGAAGACAGGAGAGAAACAUGGCUUAGUUAUAAUUCCUGAUGGCACUCCCAAUGGUGAUGUUAAUCAUGAACCAGUGGUUGGAGCCAUCACUGUUGUGUCUCAGGAAGCUGCUCAGGUCUUGGAGUCCGCAGGAGAAGGGCCACUAGAUGUAAGGCUACGAAAACUUGCUGGAGAAAAGGAAGAGCUACUAUCACAGAUUAGAAAACUGAAGCUGCAGUUAGAGGAAGAACGACAGAAGUGCUCCAGAAACGAUGGCACAGUGGGUGACCUGGCAGGACUGCAGAAUGGCUCAGACUUGCAGUUCAUCGAAAUGCAGAGAGAUGCUAAUAGACAAAUUAGUGAAUAUAAAUUUAAGCUUUCAAAAGCAGAACAGGAUAUAACCACCUUGGAGCAAAGUAUUAGCCGGCUUGAGGGACAGGUGCUGAGAUAUAAAAUGGCUGCUGAGAAUGCAGAGAAAGUUGAAGAUGAACUGAAAGCAGAAAAACGGAAGCUACAACGAGAGCUACGAACAGCACUGGACAAGAUUGAGGAGAUGGAGAUGACCAACAGCCACCUGGCCAAGCGGCUGGAGAAGAUGAAGGCCAACAGGACAGCGCUUCUGGCCCAGCAAUAGGACAGAGAACACGCUCAGCCUGGCUGAUGCUCCUUGGGGACCUGCCCAGAAGGGAGUGACUUCUUGUCCACAGACACAAAGCCCUUUCAGUACUGUUUCAGUUUUGUCAUUAAAACAGCCGCCACCUUUGUAUUUUAUAAUUUAUGAGAGAAUGAAGCAGGUCUGAAUCUUCAUGAAUGAACACUUUGGAUUUUGUUGUAGUUUGAUUCUAGACUAAGAACCAGCCCAUGAUGUUUUUACUUUUUAUUUCCGUAACUUUAGAAUCACGUUUACUCAAUAUUUUCCCCAGCUGCCUCAGUGACUGGGCACUCGGAGGCCUUGGCACAAGUUCUGGAGGACAGCAGUUCUAUGAGUGCUCACUGAGAUACUUGCUGGAGACCUCCGAAAACACAAGUGCCUUCUCCAUGGUGCAAUUCAGACUUCAGUGAUCUCCAGUGGUCAAAAGACAUUUACCCUUAAUAUCAGAUAGCAUUUAUAUUUUAGUGAAGAAACAAGUUCAUGGAUGGGGAAUCUAUGUUUCACUCAAAUUUGUAUGUUUGGAGGGAAAAGCCCUUUUUUGUAAGAUAUUUAAAUUUAUAUAAGAAAAUGUUAGAAAAAAUAUGGGAAGUGUAUAUACAACUUGCUUUAUUGCAUGGGGUAGGGGAAGUCCAAGGUCUCAUACUCUUAAACUAAGAGUAGGGUCCUUAUUCUUCAAUAUCAACUGUGCUGUACCUUGUAAAGUAUUUCAUCUGCUGCUUUUUUGUGGAGUGAAACCUCAAACAAGUCCGGAGAGGGAGGGAAGGGCAGGGCAGGGUAGGCAGGUGGGAAAUCUGCCUGAAGAGUCUAUUAAACACACCCUUUUGCCAACCACAACUGGCUACUGACAUAUUCAUUUUGUUACAGAAGCUUUUACAACAGAUCAUGCCAAAUAUGUCCCUCAUCUUUGUCUCCUUAAGGAAAAAUAAUCUGGAAUAUAGAACUUUUUCUUUUAAAAACCUAGUUUCAUCUUUUGAAGUACCCAAUUCAAUAGGUUUGUUUUUUCUUUUGUUUUUUAAAAAUCACUGAGUGCAGCCACUUUGCAGGAUUUGUGAUUUUCUUUUGCUGCCAGAACCAAGGUGGUUUUAUGGAAGUGAUUACUGUAUCUUUACAGUGUUUACACAAAAAAAUAUAUUUGGGGAAAGUCUAAUGACUCAAGGCACAUAAGAUAAUAAAAAUAAACUUGAAAAAGUUUACACAAAA